AUGGCACCCAGAGAGAAGACGGCGGCCGUUAAAGUUAACGGCGGCGGAGGUGUAGGCGGUGGAGGAGGAAAAGAGGUGCAUUUUAGAGGAGUGAGAAAGAGGCCAUGGGGAAGAUACGCAGCUGAGAUAAGAGACCCUGGUAAGAAGAGCCGGGUUUGGCUUGGGACUUUCGACACGGCCGAGGAAGCGGCACGCGCCUACGAUGCUGCAGCACGUGAAUUCCGUGGUUCCAAGGCAAAAACCAACUUUCCAUAUCCAUCAUGCGAGAAUGUUAAGAAAAACAUGGUCUCCAUCGACAAUAACAGGAAAGCUGCUAACAAGAAUACCAGUAGUGGUGGUGGUAGUAUUAAUAUUAACAAUCAGAGUCCGAGUCAAAGUAGCACGGUUGAGUUUUCCAGCAAUGAUACACCGUUGGAUCUUAAUCUUGGUCCUGCUGUAUCCACCGUCAGAUUGCCGUUUCAGCCGAUGGUGAUGAAUCAUCAGCAGGCGAUCUAUUUUGAUGCAGUGAUGAAGAGUCGGUACCAAAGGAUGGUUUUUGAUCAUGGGUAUCAUCAUCAUCAUCCUAACCAGCCGGUGGUUUUUUCUUGUGGUGGUGUCCAGAGUGAUUCUGAUUCAUCCUCUGUCGUUGAUUUGAAUCAUCACGAUAUCAAGACACCAAGAAGAUCUGGCGGUCUUAAUCUUGAUCUUGAUCUUAACCUUCCACCGCCACCGGAGAUUGAAUGA